AUGGAUUAUGGAAAUCAAACUUUGGUAAUUGAGUUUUUUUUCACGGGCUUAACCAAUCAUUUCCAGUACCAGUUUGUUCUCUUUGUGAUAUUUCUCUUGGUUUAUCUUGCCACUUUUCUGGGAAACUUGGGUAUGAUCACCCUUAUUUGGAUAGAUUCCCGACUCCACAUCCCCAUGUACUUUUUUCUCAGCCACCUGUCCUUUGUGGAUAUGUGCUCCUCUUCUGUCAUUGGUCCCAAGAUGUUGACUGACAUCUUUGUGGAGAAAAAAGUAAUCUCUUUCUUUGAUUGUGCUGCCCAGUUAUGUUUUUUUGGUCAGUUUGUAGUGACUGAGUGUUUCCUCCUGGCUUCCAUGGCAUAUGAUCGAUAUAUAGCUAUUUGUAAGCCCUUGUUUUAUAUGCUCAUUAUGUCCCAGUGGGUCUGUGUGCAGCUGGUCAUAGGGCCUUAUACCGUGGGUCUUAUAUAUGCCAUGACCCACACAACUUUUGCCUUUCGCUUACCUUACUGUGGUCCAAAAAUCAUCAAUCACUUUUUCUGUGACCUUCUUCCGGUUCUCUCACUGGCAUGUGCAGACACCCAGGUCAAUCAGUUAUUACUAUUCAACUUGGCUGGAGCUGUAGGGGUACUCAGCGGUGUGAUCAUCUUUGUCUCCUACAUUUACAUCGUCAUUGCCAUCCUGAGGAUCCGCUCUGCUGAUGGGAGAUGCAAAGCCUUCCCCACCUGCUCUUCUCACCUGACAGCCAUCUCCAUCUUUUAUGGGACACUUUUCUUUAUCUAUGUACGUCUGAGUUCUAGUGUCUCCCCGGACAUCAAUAAAGUGGUUUCUGAGUUUUAUAUGGCUGUGAUUCCCAUGUUGAACCCAGUUAUCUAUAGCCUGAGAAACAAGGAAGUUAAGAAUUCAUUUGGAAGGAUGUUUAGAAGGAAGUUCCUGAUGAGUAAGUAA